AUGCUCCAUCUAAAUGGAAGCCUUUUAUUGAUAUAUAAAAAGAUGGCCUAUCACAAAGUGAACGCAGACCAGAGAGCACAGGGGCACUCUCCAUACCUCGACAACGAUGAGCUCCAAGCCACAGCGUUGGACCUGGAGUGGGACAUGGAAAAGGAGCUGGAGGAGCCUGGAUUUGACCAUUUCCGACUGGACAGCUCAGCCCAGCAGCACCUGGGGAACUCUCAGAGCCCUGACCUCGACCUGGAGCCCAUCCAGCCUUCCUCUUCCCCAAAGGGAAGAUUCCAGAGGCUCCAGGAAGACCCUGACUACAUCUCCCACUACACCAGACAGGCACCAAAGAGCAACCGCUGCAGCUUUUUUAGGAUACUGAAAGUAUUUUGCACUGCUUUGAUUUUAUUUAUUUUUGGAAUUGUCAUAGGAUAUUAUGCACGCAAGAAAUGCCCUUCUCCCCCAACAUCUCAAGAACCAAAUAAUCCUCAAAUCUACCACAAAAUUCUCAAGGAAAUCAAAGCUGAAAAUAUUAAACAGAUUUACAGAGAUUUGUUAGAGUUCUCUAGAGAAGAUGAUGCAGAGCUUGCGAUGAAAAUCCUGGGUCAGUGGCGGUCCCAAGGCCUGGAAGAUGUCCGGCUGGUGAAUUACUCCGUUCUGCUUGACCUGCCAGGCCCUUCUUCAAACACAGUAACUCUGCAAAGCAGCGGGGAAUGCUUUUAUCCAAGUGGACAGCGCUGCAGCAGAGACCCCAAAACACUUGACAGCCAAGACCUCCUGUACUCAUACGCAGCUUAUUCUGCCAAAGGAACUCUUGAGGCAGAGCUUGUUGAUGUCCAGUAUGGGACCAUGGAUGACCUGAUCCGGAUUCAAGCUGUCACAAACGUGACCAAAAAAAUUGCACUUUUGAAGCUUGGACAAUCACCUUUGCUUUAUAAGCUUUCUCUGCUGGAAGAUGCAGGGUUUGGCGGUGCUCUGGUUUACACUGAUCCUUGUGACUUGCCAAAGACUGCAGAGCUUGCUGAUAAAGCUUUUAUGGUCUCCUUGAACAGCGGGGGAGAUCCAUCCACGCCUGGUUAUGCCAGUAUUGAUGGAAGCUACAGGCAGAAUCGACUGAACCUCACAACGCUGUUGGUACAACCAAUUUCUGCUCUGCUUGCCAGAAAACUUGUUUCCCUCCCUGAGGACACUGCCCAAAAAGAGAGGUGCACACCCCUCCAGCUGCCAGCUGCAGGCAAAAAAACAAUCAGUCUGAACAUUCAGUCUGUCACAACUUACAGGACAAUUUCUAAUGUCAUUGGAUAUCUAAAAGGAGCUGUGUUUCCUGACAGAUACGUCAUCAUUGGUAGCCACCACAGCAGUUUGAAGGGUUAUGGUGGGCAAGGCUGGGCCAGCAGCACUGCUGUGAUCACAGCCCUGCUCCAAGCCCUGGUGCCAGAGCUGAAGAGGGGCUGGAGGCCGGACAGGACCCUGCUCUUCUGCUCGUGGGGAGGAACAGCCCUGGGGAACGUCGGCUCCUACGAGUGGGCUGAGGAUCUCAGGAGCGUUCUUCAAAGAAAUGCUGUGGCCUACAUCAGCCUCCAUAAUCCAGUCACAGGCAACUCAACUUUGCGGCCUGUGGCAUCCCCUUCUCUUCAGCAGCUGGCAGCAGAGAGCCAGAGAUGCAACUGUGUGGAAAAGGCUAGAUGUGCAGGAUCCAAUGUGAGCUCUGUGCAGAUACAGGGAGAUUCAGAUUAUUUCAUCAACCACCUCGGAGUACCUGCCACACAGUUUUCCUAUGAGGACAUCAAAGCAUCAGAGAAUUCCAGCUUUCUUUCUGAAGCUCUUUUUCCUGUACAUGCAACAAAAACUGAAGAGCUGGAUCCCUCCUUCAGCCUGCACGAGACCAUUGCAAAGCUAACAGGACAAGUGACUUUGCAAAUUGCCUCUGAUCCAGUUUUGCCGUUUAAUGCCCUCGACAUCGCGUUAGAAGUUCAGAACAGUCUGAAAGGUGAUGAAGCAGGCGUCCCUCAGCUGCUGGCAGUGGCAUCACGUCUGAGGGACACGGCGGAGCUGUUCCAGUCGGACGAGAUGCGCCCGGCCAACGACCCCGAGGAGCGAGCUCCUGUCAGAGUCAGGAUGCUCAAUGAUGUGCUGCAAGGCUUGGAGAAAAGCUUCCUGCUUCAUCAAGCUCCUCCAGGACUUUACAGAAAUAUUCUUUACAGACUGGAUGACAGGACCAGCCAGUUUUCAGUACUGCUGGAGGCACUGGAGCACUGCAAACGACAUCAGUCAAAUGAGACUGUUCAAGCAGCCUUGUCAGAGGUGCUGAACAGCAUCAAUUCAGCUCAGGUUUACUUCAAAGCAGGACUUGAUGUGUUUGAGACUGCCUUAGCUGGAAAGAAAUGAGUGGAUUCUCUGCAUUCUAAGACAUUUGUUUACAACUCUCUAAACAAAAGUUCAACUUGGACCAGAAUUGCUCUGAGGAUCAAACCUUUCUCAGCCUUUCCUUCACCUGGCACUUAAAGGUACUGCAACACGUGGUUUAAGAAAUGUAAAACAGUAUUUUGCACUGUUCACAGUAUAUCUCAAAUGCCCAUUCCUGAAUGUAUAAAACCUAAAGAGAGGGAAUAACACUUCAGAGAUGAUUUUUGGAAGGACAUCUGCUGUAUUUUUGUAUGUAAAAUAUGUUUUUAUGACUAAGAGGUCAAUCAUGCGAAGUACCAAGCACGCCCUGUGCUGAAGCCGUGGUUCUGAGACACCCCAGAAGUGCACUCGGGGGAGAUCUCUGUCAGAAAAACCUGACUCAAGUUUCUUAAUGUUUUCAGCAAGCUCAUCUUCUUCCUUACUCCAUUCAGAGUAAGUAGUUGAAGGAUGUGGUGUUUCCAUGGGUAUCCAGCACCGCAGUGGAAAUGCACAGAACACCUUUACUCCUGUGGAACAAUAAAUACCUCAGUUCUGAGAAUACAGAUAAACUUUGAUUCUUCCAUUUCUGUAUGAAAAUAAAGAGUUGUUUUCUCUGAUGUUUCUUGGAGAGGAAAUUUUUGUGAUGAUUUCAAAUUAUUUGAAAAGUGUGAAUCGGUAAUUACACUUGCACAAAAAUGCUUUGGAUGUUUAUGUUAAAUGAAAGAACUGCCUAGUCUUGAUAAGCCUAGAGGCCUUAAAAAAUUAACCAAACAUUCCCAAAGCAUCCCACUUCAAGGUCUCUAAAUUUCCAGAGAGCUGUAAAUAAAAGCAAGACGUCCACGUCCUGGGAAGAGUUUUGGGAUUCCAUCACUCUUUGCCACACCACCCGCUAUCCCAGCCUGGAUUGUUCCAUCAGGCCUCACAUCUAGGACCUGGAUCUUUGUCAGAAAAGCAGAAGGAAAACAUACAUUCAUUCCCUGCUGUAGAACCAGGAAUUCAAGUGUGGAGGCACAAGCUGGUGAAGCACACUGCAGAGCUACAAUGCAAAUCUGUUUUUCCACAGGUUUUUGGCCAAAGUAAUCCGUGAGUGAAACAAUUAGGAGGUUCAGUGUCCUCUGAGGGGAUGCUAUAACCAUUUGAGGUCUGCAGGUCUUAAUAAUAUAAACAGUUGAAACCUCUUUGGGUUUUAUAAUCUCAAAUGAUUCUAGGUUUAGACCUUAAAUAAUUAAUUUUAUAUAGAACCUUAGAAUUUAAAUAUAAUUUAUUUGAUGGAAAUGUUAAAUGUAUUGAUAUCCAGUUUGGCAUGUAAACAUUACAGGAGCAUUUCAGGUUGCAAUAAAAAUGGAAAAAGGUGUAUGUAUUAAUGUUUAAAAAUUGCCUUCAGGAAAAUUUCUGAGUGCACAAUCAAGUGAAAAAUUUUUAAAGUUCACAUAGCAAGAAAUGAGGUGUUUACACAUCUGGGUUUCUGUUUCCAAAGUCCUUACAAAGGGGUCUCUCCAAGCAAUGGCCUGGGACUGGGUACACACAGCUGUGCUGCUGCUGCAUUUCUCCAUAAGUUAUGGUUGAGCAGUGGGCAGGAGCCCCCCAAGCCUGACCAGGCAGAGCUCCAGCAGUGGGAAUUUGUUCAGCACCACUCAGUGGGACUGCAUGGACUCAGACACCAUUAUCUCCUGGCUUUUCUUGGCAUCUGAUCAGCAAAAGUUGAUGAUGAUUCUUUUGCUAAUGCUGGCACCAGUUCUGUUCAGUGCAGAGGGAAUUUGACUUCUGGAGGGUAACAUUGUUUAUGAUGCACCCCUUGUCUGGGUAGUGUUUAUUUUUGGGAGAUUUAAGUGGUUGGAAUAUCCACACUUGAAUUGUAUGCUUAUUUUGGGGACUUGGGGAUGUACUGUGUGUGCUGCACUUGAAUUGUAUUUGUGACAGGGACCACUCUUCUAACAGCUCACUAAGUGAGACAAUUUCUUUACAGCGCUGCCUCACUGUGGAGCCUUUGCUGGUAUUCAGUGAUAAAGGGCCAGGUGCCAUUAGGAGACCAAAAGAGAGACUAACACCUUUGUUAACUCUAUCAGGUGAAUUUCAUAACUCCUUCCUCAUCCUUAGAAUGUUCCUCCACACCCACCUCUAAUGCAACCAAAGUGUACUCAGCAAAGUCAGUGAAAUCUGGUGGAAGCAAUAUCUCUCAUGGAUUAUUUCUCAACCCUGUGGUUCCAAAAUAAAAUAUUUAUCUUGUUUUCUCACUAAUGUCCUUUUGUAACCACUUCUGAACUAGCAGACUUCAAAGUGCUCCACUAGAAAAGCGCUGCUAUUGUAAAUGUCUGUCUAUUGUAGACACAAUCAGAUGUUCUUGUUGGUGAGAUGAAUCAGAUGAGCUAUUUAGGGACUUAAAUUCAUUGAUUUCAAUGUCAUCUUACACUUGUAGAUCUUUUGUAGACUUUUAUUUCAGUGUUCAGGUCUUACAUGUAAGUGAGUGCUCAGUGAUAAUAUUUGUACCAUUAUAGCUUUGAAAAAAAGCACUUUUGAGCCAUAUCCUUCCAUUGAUUUUUAAAUCCUACCUAUUGACUUCAAGGGAUUUAUAGCAAGUUAAGGUACUAAGUAUCCAGCGAGCUUCUAACAUUGAGUUUUUGCCCAACCAGCAGUGGAACAUCAGCUAGAGGAAGGUGUUAGUAAAUUAUAGCAGCUUACCCAGAUUGACUUAAUUCCUGUGUUGUACUGGAAUAAACAGAGCACCCUUAAAGGCAGAAGUACAUUUGCAAAUUGCCUGAAUGAUACUAAAAAUGUGUUAGCUUUUCAGAAGCAUCAAUUGCCAGAGAAAGUAUAACAAAUGCAUUGAUUGCUCCUUAGUCUAGAGUCAUGCUCACAGUGACCAGAAAAUCCCUGCAGCCUGCAAUAUUUGUAUGUUGAGACAGUUGAUAAUAAAAAGCCAAUAAGGUUUUAUUAGUAUGUAUUUUAAAGAGUCCAUAAAAAAGCUAAAGCACAAUCAAGGCAGAUGAAUAAAAAGUACAUGGGAGCUGGAUUUUGAGUGCUAACCUUAAAAAAGGCAGUGAAUUGUUUUUAUCAUCCAGGAAAAAUAGUACCUGUGCGAAUAUGCAAACACACAAAUGCCUUAUAUCUUCAGAAGGUUGUGCAAAUAUUCAUUUGAAUAUUGAUGCAUAUGAUACAUCUAGAUAAACAUAGAUGUAAAUAAUUAUGUGAGAAAAUUACCAAAUGCUUUGCACUGCCGCACUUCUCUUUUAGGAAAGUAUUUCAGUCUAGAGAUGUGAAAGGAGGCACUGCAGCUGACCUCAGUUCUUGCAACAGUAGGUGGAGAAAGGUUAAAUCUCUGGUAUUACAGAAGGAACCACUGGAGGUCAUUUAUUCCAACCUCCCUGCUCAAGGAAGGUCACCUAAAACCAGCCUCUCAGCAGGGCUGUGCUCAGAUUGCUGUUGAACACCUUCCAGGGAUGGAGAUUCCUCAACCUCUCUGGGCAAUCUGUGCUACUGCAUGGUCACCCUCACAGAGAAAGUGUUUCAUUCUUCUAUAGAAACAGUUCCUCCAAAUUUCUCCCUGUGUUUCUGAGUUGUUAAAUUAUUUUCAUUGUGAACAUUCAAAAGGUAGCCAUCAUUUCAUUCAGCAAGAACUCUCAAACACCAUCUCUAGGAUUUCACAGGUAUAAUAUGGUGGAAAGAUUGUAUGAGGAGAUUUGUCCUUCAAGCCAUAAGGUGUUUUUUUUUUUAAGUCAUAGAAAUUAAUAUCCUUUUCUUUUGAGGUCUUUUGUACAGUCCCUGGUCCCCAGUCAUGGGAUUUCUGUAUACUUUAGGAGAUUGACACCUCAUCAGCACUAUGCCGCUCAUUUGUGACUAUAAAUGCAUCUACUUUACCCAAACUUUGGGAUCUCACUGUGGCUUGUUUUGAGUGGAAAGGAAGGCAGGAUAAUUGCAUGGCUCAUUCUGGCUUUCAAAGCUGUUAAAUCUAUAGAAAAGUCUGGUGUGUGUUCUCCAAGGAGCAGUUCAGAUUUCAGGCCCUGUGACAAUCAGGCACCUCUGUGUGGCUGUCCCAGCAAAGCAGCUCAGUGUGGGAGAUGUUCUUUCUAUUUGCCUCUCAGUAACUUCAGCAGUGUCACACCAGUCCCAGGAGAGUGAGUGACAGGAAAAAAAAUCUCAUUUCAACAUACCUGGGACCUGAGUUUGGAAAACAGCCUUGUACUAUUAGUGUUCAAAACAAAGUAAGGUGUGUUUUGGAGCUCUGAAUCUACAAAAAAUUGAGAUAGGGUUUCCAGUAGCGCAAGUUAAUGUCUCAAAUAUAGAACAAAAACAUAUUUGUUGUCUAUUACAUAUUGUAAUAAUGUUAAAAAUUUCUUGGAUACCAAUGCAGUGAUAGUUUUGGGUGGCUUUAACCAUCUGCCUGUUUUUUCUCCCACUGACACCAUCUUCUCCAAUCCCCUGCAUUCACCUUCUCACAUCUUUUUAGAGUAUGAUGAUUUUACCCAUCCCUCACCACCUUUUUCUCAGCCAUUCCCAUUAGUUUUCUGUCUCCAUUCUGCUUCCUUAUCACUUCUUAAGCUCCCCUUUAAUUUGCCAACCACCAGGUUAAUCCCCCUCUUUUCUCUCUCUGAUCUCAGUCAUGCCUUUUGUUCCCCAUUCAGUUCUCAACUCACCUCCCUCAAGUUUCAAUUAUUAUUCCUAGAACAGAAGACCAUAAUAAAGAGCUAAAAGUGACAUAAAAGUCCUGCUCAGAUCCAGAUGGAUAAAAUGUAAGGAGACAUAAUCUGUUAAAUUCAAAGUAUUCACUUCUGAGUACAUGUAAGCAGCAGGUUUUCAGUUAUAGCUUGACUGAAUGGAAACAGAUUUUUUUCCCAUCUUCUGCCUCUAAUGUCUGGACCAGGAAAUUCCCUCAAAAGUAGCAGUGUAGGAAGGUGAUAAUCUUGAAAGUUUUGAAAUAAACUUUUGAAGUUUAUUUUAAUCCAAUUCAGAAGUUGGAUGAAUAAGAAAUUAUAGACAAUGAAUCAGAAUUGGUAUUACCUGUCUACCAAAUAAAACAGGCAAUAUCUAAGCACAGAAUUUCUCUGACCUUGCAGGGGCCAUCCAGCAUUCUUUACCUGUUGGUUACUUACCAAACGUGUGUAAUUCUGCUGUCCUACAGUGUUUUACAUUAUUAAGGAUGACAAGGACUAAAGCCACAUGCACAAACCUAUACUUGAACACGCACCUUUGAGACUAGGAAGUGCCUAAGAAUAAUGAAUACUCAUUUGGGAAGCAAAGGCUUUAAAAAUAUCUAAAUUAGGCUGCAUGUUUACUAAAACUGUGGUGCUGUUAAGCCUUUGUUUUUUCCCAAUUCUAAUCCCACUGCUGCUGGUUAUUUCUUCUGUUGCUCAUACACAGUUGUCAUAUUGGAGAAAAUGUACUCCUGCAUGGAUUUGCAAAAAAUAUUAUGUUGCCCCUCAUUCUUACUGACCUUACUGGACUGUUUUUUUCAACAGGGUUGACUUUACCACAAUUACUUACCAGGGUACUAAUCCACAGAAGCAAGGUCGGCAGAAUUUAGUCAUUAUUCUUGGAAUUUCUGAAAAGAUUUGGUGUCAGAAGAUCAAUUAUUUCUGUUUAGUCUUUUUUUUUUUAUCUCUCAACAUAGUUUAUUGCAAGCAAUAGUGUAUUUUUUUUAAACUGGGAGGAGUCUCUUGGUUUAACGUUAAGGAAGCCCACAGGGCAGAAUAUUAAUGUGUAUGUACAAGUGAUAUAAUCAAGAAUUAACUUUAUACCUAUUAUGAAUGUUGGAUUAAUGCAGACAUACUUUUAUAAAUUUCACAGGCUGGAAUUAAUACAAGGGCUUAAUUUAAGAAAUUUAAUUAGAAUAAAGGUGUAGAACAACAGGUUUGCUGUGUUAAUGUAGUGUAUGCUUCCUUAUCUGCCUAAUCCAUUUGGUUAAAAAAAUAGGGUUUUAUCUAAGCUGCUUCUCUUUGAUUUAUUUUCCAGCAAGCUUUUGAAAAUGAAGUCUUGGUCUUUAUUUUUCUUUUAAAUGUGUGCUGCCUUUAAUGUUUAUGGAACACUUCUCAAGUGUUCAGACAGUGUAACACCACCUGGUCUGAUCAGUCCUGGAUUAUUUGAUGGGAUUGAGUGGAAUUUCAAAGCAUGGUCUUUGGAAGAAGGUCCUUUCCUGGCUGUUACUAUAUAUAAUAUCACAUACUGGAGUGGCUGCCUUUGCCAUGCAGUGCUGUAGCUGUGCAAUGUGAUGCUUUGAGGCACUAAUUGAAGAGAAUUUUUAUUUUUUCAGUCGUUUUGCAGAGACUUGUUAAUUUUCUCCCAUUUGAGGCUGUUCUCCCCUGACCCAGUGCUCUUGGCACAGGUACGUGGCAUGUUGAGGGUUUGUCUGAGCUCUCAGUGCAUUUCCAGUUUUUAAUUAAUGCCCCUUGUAGCCCCACUUUGCUUUUGUGUAGCUCAGUCCUGAAACCAGUGUGAGGGAGCCCAAGGAGAGGUGGAUGGGUCUGACUGUUUGGUGAACUUGCUACGAAAACUGCUGAUGCCCCUAUCCUUAAAAAAGUAAAUAAAAUACUUGGCAAGGGCUUUCCAAACAUUUGGUGUUUUCAGCCUGUACACUGAGGAUUCUGAAAUAAUUUUGGAUACUUGUUUUUUUUUAUGUGCAGUCUCAUUUCAUGUUCUCAGCAGCUGAAACAUCUUGUAGUGUAUGAAUCCACUAGAGGGGAAAUAAGAAGAUCUUUAAUAUUUUAUACUUAGAGCAAAUAAGACGAACACAAAUUCCCUGUGUUUUCCAUUUGCAGUUUACAUGAGUUAAUAUGCAGCAUACUCUUAUCACACAUGCUGUGAUUUGGUAUUCUGAGACAAAUAGAAAAUGAAUGUGAUUCCCUAUCCAGAGGAACUAUAUUCAAUUCAGGGAACGUUUCUCAUCCAAGCAUCUUAACUGCUUGCAUAUAGUGUGAGCAAGCACAAGUUAAGAUACUUGAAACAGAUGCUUUUGGGGGUUUUAGCAAGGUGUGGAAAAUAAUAUUCUUCUGCAUAAGGGCAGAUUUUAGCAUUGCUUUCAUUCCCAGGUGUGUGGUGUGUGUCCUCAUUGCUGUCCUGUGAGAUUAAUGCUCAGGGGCUGUUUUCAGUGUCCCUGCUGGUCUCAACACAAACUGGUAUUUUUUAGUCAGUAGCACCUUGAAGAGUUUACCUACUCAGAUGGAAUAUGCAAGUAUUUCUGCCUUUUGUAUGCAAAAGAACAGCUCUCAAGUUGUGUUACCUUUAUCAAGCCUUGACACAGAAUUUGAGAUGCCUGAGUGACGACUCUGUCAUUCCAUCUACUACAUUUUCACAUAGUAAAAUCACAUUGCCAAAAAUGAUAGCAGAAUACUAAGUAAGUACUUUUUUUUUUGACCAUGAAAUAAUAUAAACUCGAUGCAGUUAUUUCUGGAAACCAAUAAAUAUCAUGUUUGUGGAAAUGUGCAAUGAAAGGUUGAUUUUUAUAACACUUUAUAGAAUGUUGAGUGAAUAAAACAGCUUAUUUGCAAAA